AGGCCGUGGGCUCCGAGUCAACUGGCAUGACCGCGGGCACCGGGGCAGACAUUGAAUCGUCUGGCUGGACAGCGGGCAUCGGGUCACCAGGCAUCAGGUCAUUUGGCUCGACCGCGGGCACCGCGUCAUCUGGCAAGGCAGUGGGCUCCGAGUCAACUGGCAUGACCGCGGGCACCGGGGCAGACAUUGAAUCGUCUGGCUGGACAGCGGGCAUCGGGUCACCAGGCAUCAGGUCAUUUGGCUCGACAGCGGGCACCGCGUCAUCUGGCAAGGCAGUGGUCUCCGAGUCAACAGGCACGACAGUGGGCACCGGGUCAUCAGGUAUCGGAUUGUCUGGCUCGACAGCGGGCAUCGGGUCAUCAGGCAUCAGGUCAUUUGGCUUGCCAGCGGGCACCGCGUCAUCUGGCAAGGCAGUGGGCACCGAGUCA